AUGUCAAGUCAGUCCACUCCGCCUGACAGCUGGCCGUACAAACAACUCACUUCCGGGUCAGUUCCAAGCCAAAAGAAACGUCCAGAUAUUUUAUCACGCGAACGUACAUCCUCGAGCUCCUCGGACACCUCCCUGAAAGUCCCACGCACACCACGCUUCGCUGAAGCAACAACUGUGCACUCUCCCAUAGAAGUCAGCGAAGAGGGCAGGUCACCCUUCGCAGACCCUCCCUCCACCAAGACACAAUCGUACAUGGCUCAAUCACAACCCUCAGAUAUCGGCUUCGGCUAUAUCUCGAAUAAUGACCCUGCACGACACUCAGCAGGGGUUCCGGUCGAGGUCCCUCUCACCCCAGGCUCACCGUUAAAGAGUGCAUUGAGAGUGCCGGGUACGCCGGGGCGAAAGAUAGACAAUCCUCUGAGUCCCACAUUCCGGGAAGAGCAGAUUUUGGAGAAGCAAGAGGGCCUUACAGAAAAGGAGCAAGCGAAGGACCUGAAAGUCAAGACCAGGGUCCGAGUGGCAAAGUUUCUUUUGCGAGGUGUAAAUUUCAGCUGCAGUCUGAUCGUUCUUGCCAUGAUCGCAACCACAUUCAGUAUCUUCAACGCAACUAAACACUUAGCGCCGCGAAACAACCUCCCUCCGUGGGCUGACAACACCCGAACAUGGCCUCAAAUACUUCUCCUCGUUGUAGCUUGCAUAUCUCUUUUCCUUUGCUUGGUCGUAUUCUGGAAUUUCUUCCGAGGGGCCAGCAAGAGAGCAGACAAGGUCGAAGUCUACUACACGCUCUUCGCCGUCGGCUUCUUCAUCUUCAGUGUCAUCAUGUGGGGUAUCGCAGCUGGUGUUCUUCAGGGCUCGAAGGACAAUAGCAACAAUCGUGAUAUCUGGGGCUGGUCAUGCGUCGACAACAGGAGGAAAGAACUCUUCAAGCAGGAAAUCGACUACGAGCUCGUUUGUCGACUGACCAACUGGGCUCUGGUCUGCUGUAUUAUUGAGAUCGUCCUGGAGAGCAUAACCAUUCUCCUCUACGCCGUCGUCUUCUACAGAUACUACUCCAAGCAGCGCCUCCGCAAGUCCAUGGAAGUCCGUGACCGCGCCCGCUCUGAUCUCUACCUCGCUCAAUUGCGCUCUCAAUCUGCCCCCAACACACCUGGCUUUGGCCCCAAGUCCCCCUCUUUCUCCCAGCACAUGAAGUCGCCACGCUUCCCACCCUCCGUCUACCACACGAACUCCUCGUCCGCAGCCGAGGAGGGUUUCGCUGGGCCCGGUACUCAAUUUGUGGAAGCUAAGUCAGAAAGCAGCAUCGCUGCCAAGCCCUUCGCUCUCCAGCCUCCCCCGAUUAAAGUCCACAGCGCCACACCCAAGACGCCGCAAAACGGAUUCUUUGCUCCAGCCCCCAAGAAGGAGAGGGUCAUCGAGCACGUAGCCGCUGCACCAGGCGAGCAAAAAUACGAUGCUGUGCCCAUCCCCGGCGCUUACGCGAGUCCCUUGAAGAGUCCGGGCAUGGCACCACCUCAGCAUAGGAGAUGUGGGAGCGUCGGGGAGGCCAUUACGAGUGAUGUGAGGAUCGAGAGUCCCCCUGGGAGCCCGAGACGCUGGAACUGA